AUGGCUGAGCCAACUCAAUCGCGUACUGGGCGCGUUAUCACCCAUGCCUUGGAGGAACUGGGUCUCGUCACCAUGUGGCACUCAUCCCGCGACGUCAAGUUUCUCUGCGCGCAACGAUUCGUCAGACUGUUCGCCUAUGGCGGCUCAACACUGAUCUUAGUCUCUUACUUAUCGGCCAUUGGGAUUCCAGAUGAUCGUAUCGGUCUCUUUAUGACUUUGACCCUGUGGGGAGAUGUAGUGAUCAGUUUCUUCUUGACUCUGUUCGCCGAUCGGAUGGGUCGCAAGGCAGUGUUAUCUCUUGGAUCGCUCUUAAUGGCGGGUAGUGGGAUUGUCUUCGCGCUCUUUGGCAAUUACUGGAUCUUAUUGGCAGCAGCUGUCUUUGGUGUCAUCAGUCCCAGCGGAAAUGAAAUUGGGCCGUUCCGCGCCGUGGAGGAAUCUACUUUGGCGCAUCUGACACCACAUGAGUCGCUGAGUGAUGUCUUCGCCUGGUAUUCACUGGUCGGCACGGCAGGUACCGCGCUAGGUCAACUCAUCUGUGGUUGGAUCAUUGGCUCGCUGCAGUCAUUACACGGAUGGGCAUUUAUUCCCUCUUGUAAAAUUAUCUUCUUCGUCUAUGCGGCGAUUGGAGUGGUCAAGUUUCUUUUGUCGCUGGGUCUGUCACGAAAGGUAGAAGCUACCAAGGAAGAGGGACAAGAACCGCAGCAACAGAAUGGUGAGACACGACCACUUCUCGCCGACUCCAAUUCGGCGGAGCAAGAAGACCAGCAACCACCAAAGAAGAAGUCUCUCUGGUCUUCUAUUGACGGAGAACUGUUGUCUUUGAUCAUUCGACUUUUUAUUCUGUUUGGUCUUGAUUCCUUUGCUUCUGGGCUGGCAUCACUGUCUUGGAUGACAUACUUCUUCAAACAGAAGUUUAACUUGCCCGAGGGCGAACUGGGCACCAUUUUCUUCGUGACAAGCAGCAUUGCCGCCGCCUCGAUGCUUGUGGCUUCUUCGAUCGCAAAGCGAAUUGGCAACGUUAAGACAAUGGUCUUCACGCAUCUCCCCUCAGCCAUCUGUCUUUCGCUCAUCUCUGUGCCCAACAACCUCCCAAUGUCAUUGACUCUUCUCGUUCUCCGAGCCUGUUCUCAGAACAUGGAUGUCGCGCCACGGUCUGCAUUCCUUGCAGCCGCUUUACCCUCCGACAAGCGAACUGCCAUUAUGGGUGCUGUCAAUGUCGUCAAGACUACCACUCAGAGUCUUGGCCCCCUUCUCACUGGUAUCCUGUCCCGUUUCAAUAUGUUUGGCGUCUCGUUCAUCAUUGCCGGUUGCUUGAAGGUCGUUUAUGAUCUAGGUAUGCUGUUCAGUUUUGCUGGAAAAGAGGCUGCUCAGCGUAAGCAGACUGCACAGGAAAACGAUGAGGAGACUCAGUAG